UCCCUCCCUUCCUUUCCUUUUCUUUUUGGGUGAGGAGGGAUAACGCCACGCAACAAAGUCUCUCUCUCUCUAAAAACUAUGAAUCAAUUCGCUUCUUGACAUCUUCGGCCUUCUCUUCCCCUCCUCUCUCUGUAGGGAAGAAGAAGAAGCAGAAGGAGAAAGUUCUAGAGAGAGAGAGAGAGAGAGAGAGACAGCAGACACGAGAAGAUUUUGUACGAGACAAGGAGAUAGAGGUCACCUAGCCAUGGACUCCACACAACCAGCAACAAUCAAUGACAAGGAGUCGAUGGUCGAUCCCUUCUUGGUCGAGGCUCUACAGAAUCCACGCCACCGUCUCACCAGUUCUUCAACAUGUGAAGACUAAAUAACCAAAGAUACAGAUUCUUCAAACUCAGUUCUACGGAUGGAGCUUGAUAUCCGGAGGUUUUUACAGAACCCUGAUCAACAACAAUUUGAAUUCCAGCACUUCCCUACUUCUUAUCUUAGGCUUGCAGCACACCGCGUUGCUCAACACUAUGGUCUGAUAACCACGGUACAGGAUAAUGGCAUGGAUGGCCUGGCAAAUAAGAUUCUGGUAAAGAAAACAGCACAAAGCAGAUAUCCUGCAGUGUGCUUAUCUGAAAUUCCUGCAAAACAGUUGGAAAGUGAUAAACCUGAGCUGCUUAAGAUUGCCAUUAGGCCACGGCCUAAUAAAGGGUCUGCAAAUGAAUCUAAUGAGUUUGGGAUCAAACGUAGUCCUGUGAGAAGUGUGGAAGAGAGAAAGGAGGAGUAUGAUAGGGCAAGAGCUCGCAUCUUCAGUAGCGCUAGCAGUCCCAACUCGGAUGAUACAGUAUCUCAGGGUUAUAUAGACAGAAAAAGCACAAGUUCAAGCAAGGAUGAGCAGGAAGGUUGCAGGAAUGCUGUAAGUGAUCCUGAAAAAUAUAUUUGCACCAGGGAUGGUGCACCGUCUCGAGUUGCCAUUUUCAGAGAUAGGGAGAAGGAUCGUACUGACCCAGAUUAUGAUCGGAGUUAUGACCGGUAUGUAAGGAGCCUUCCAACUAAUCAUAACUUUAACUUAGCACCAUUCAAUAUGCAGAAGAUUCAACUCCCAUUCGUUCAGUAUGAUACUGGUUUCCCUCAGUUGGGACAUAUGCCAAGGACUCAAACUUCUCUUAGCUACAGGCCUGCUACAACUCCAGCUAUGAGCCCCUUCUGUUCACUGGGAUCAAAUCAAACAUCAAGAGAUGCUGCAUAUGUGCAAUGGCCAAGUACUGCAAUGAUGUAUGCUCAUUCAUACGAGCAAUUUAGACAUGCUGUUUUCCAGGCUCCCUUCUUUCAGCAACCUCUAAGCUUCGAUUACUCUCAAAACCAUUAAGGGUCUGCCAGAUUGGAAUUGUAUUACUGAUUUACCUGCAAAUUUCUCUAUACUUCUAGGGAAUUCUGUGUUAGGAUUAUUCCAGACUCUUGUGUUGCAAACCAUUUGUUUCAGUUAUAGUUAUGGUUUCUGCUUGCUUCUCUUUGUGGAUCUUUUAUUAGUUUAUUAGUCAGUGUACACUACUCUCUGUGGAUCUUUUAUUGAUGUGUUAGUGAGUGUAUGUGUAUGCUACUCUCUUGCCUGCCA